ACAGGAACAUGUCUGAAGCGGAUGCGACUUCUACUAACGGAACAUCUGCAAUAUCUGAGUCCCAAGAUGUUCAACAAACCAGAUGGAACAAGAGGUCCAAGUUGUCUCCAGACCAACUGGUCCUGGUGGUCCUCAUCAGUCUCUUAGCAGCCGCUGUGUUUGCUCUGGGUGUCACUGUCUUUUAUUUAAUGAACAACAAAGUUAUCCUGAGCCUUACAAAGGAGAAUGAGGAUCUGAGGAGAAAUCUCUCAGCAACUGCUUCCAAAAAACCACUCCUUGCAACAUGUCCACCACCCCCUGAAGUAAAGAAUGAGACGUGUCUGAAGUGUGGAGCAGGCUGGGAGCUACAUGGAGGAACCUGUUAUAAGUUCAUCACCAGGAAUUCCUCCUGGACUGAGAGCAGACGUUCCUGCAAAGAUCUGGGAGGAGACCUGGUGAAGAUAGACAGCAGAGAGGAGCAGGAAUCUCCAUCAACUUUUGCUACUCAGAUGUUCCUGGAGGAGAAACUGAAACAGAUAAUCAACCAGGCAGAUGACUCGUUCUGGAUCGGACUGACGGACUCAGAGACAGAAGGCAAAUGGCUGUGGGUGGACGGAUCUCCACUGAACCAAAGUUUGAGUUUCUGGGGUUCCAACCAGCCUGAUCAGGCUGGUGGAGGAGAAAGCUCAGAGGUGGACUGUGUGAGGAUGCUGAAGAAAGAAAACUCUGAUCGUUUCUUGUGGUUUGAUAGACAUUGUAAUGACUAUCUGAGGAGUGUUUGUGAGAAAGCAGCAGAAACUCAGCUGUGUUUUUGUGUGUGAAGUUCAGUUCAGUUCAAAAAACUGUCUCAGAUCUCUAAACAGACACAUUUGAUAAAAAUGACAUAAAACAUUUGAAGUUCUUUAUCAAUCAUAUUAACAAAAAUUACCCUGAUUUCAACAGCUCUUUGGAUCAUUUUUGUUUGCUGCAUCAUCCAGAAUCAUGUGAAGUUUAUAAAAUCAAUAAAGACUUUUC